AUGGAAUGUUUCGAGGUCCCUUGCGAACAUAUAAUUGUGGUGCUUGUUCUUAAUAAUGUUCAUGAGAUCCCAAGGAAGGUGUGCAAAAUUGCCUGUCACAGCACUCAAAAGUUCCAAUUUGCAAGAGACAUUGCCAUGAUGCUGAAGCACAUCAAGAACGAAGAUGCAGCUGACACCAGUUUUCCACCUGAGGGGCCAUCCAAUAAAGGUGGCACAGCGUCAACAUGGAAUCCCCGCAGGUGCAAGACGAAGGGUAACAGUUCUAAUGGUGGCAAGAAAACCCAAUGUUGUCGUUUGUGCCGGGAGGUGGGACACAAUAGGACGACGUGUCUAGACCGUCGCACACUAGUGUCAUCGACUGUAGUUGUAGAUGACCUAGAUUCCAUGGACACUGAAAUGGUGGGUUAA